CGGGCAACGGCGCUCGACCGCGUCGCCAGUGGAACCUCCCACCAUGGCGUCAGCGCCAGCGCCGAUUCCGCGGCGGGGAUCGCUCUGCCAUCUGCUGUUGCGGUUUAACUCCCCCACCCCACCUUCCGGUUCCUCAAUAAUAACGAGCUCUCCGCUUCCGGAGGAUCUUGCGAACUGCUCUUCCUGCCAUGUUCUCACGAACCCGGGCAGUGUCCAGAAACAUCACGACCGCCGCUCGCAGCAGCAUUAUCCUCUCCUCCUCUAGAACCCGGCCGCAACCUUCCCCCUUCUUCUUCUUCUCCUUCUUCUCCCCUCCCUUCUCUUCUCCUCUCUACACCUCCGGAAGCGCAACCGCAACCGGGACCGGGACAGCAACCGGGACCGGAACCAUUUCCAAGGGCAUCAUCACCCGCGUAAACAUCAAGGCCAAGACCAGCAUCGCGACCAUGUCGACGGUGGCGGCGGCGGCGGCCAAGCGGCUCGAGGGCAAGACGAUCGUCAUCACGGGCGCGUCGUCGGGCAUCGGGCGGAGCUGCGCGUUCGAGUUUGCGCGCACGGCGCCGCGCGACCUCCGGCUGGUGCUGACGGCGCGGCGGGCGGACCGGCUGCGCGAGAUCGCCGACCAGAUCAGGGCCGAGGUCGGCGACGGCGUGCGCGUGCUGCCCCUCGAGCUCGACGUCUCGGACCCGGACCAGGUCCGCGGCUUCGUCGACCGCCUGCCCGAAGAGUUCCGCGCCGUCGACGUCCUGGUGAAUAAUGCGGGCCUGGUGAAAGGAGUCGCUCGCGCGCCUGAGAUCGCCGAGGCCGACAUGAACAUCAUGUUCCAGACCAACGUAACCGGCCUCAUCAACAUGACCCAGGCCAUCCUGCCCAUCUUCAAGGCUCGCCCGGACGGCGGCGCCGGCGACAUCAUCAACAUUGGCAGCAUCGCCGGCCGCGAGCCCUACGCCGGCGGCAGCAUCUACUGCGCCACCAAGGCCGCCGUGCGCGCCUUUACAGAUGCCCUGCGCAAGGAGCUGAUCGACACCCGCAUUCGCGUGAUGGAGAUCGACCCGGGGCAGGUCGAGACUGAGUUCUCCAUCGUCCGGUAUUACGGAGACAAGGCCAAGGCAGAUGCCGUUUACGCCGGCUGUGACCCCCUGACCCCUGAUGACAUCGCGGAGGUGGUUGUCUUCGUCGCGAGUAGGCGGCAGAACGUGGUCGUUGCCGAUACCCUCGUUUUCCCGAGCCACCAGGCUGGCGCUGGGGUGAUCCACCGCCGACAAACCUGAUGUUAGUUGCGAAACGGACUAGAUGGGUUGGCAGUCGAGACUGGAGGAUCCCAGGAGGGAUAGACGAUCUGAGAAAUCUAUAGAUAUAAUUCAAAAACGAAAUUAUGUAGCUGCUCGAGUGUUUUGCGUCCUUCUCGUUAACGUUGCGGC